CUGGAGCAGAUACUCCUGGGACGCAGUGGGGUCUCCCAGUCUCUGAAGCCACAGUCUGCACAGAAGGCUCACAGAGCCAGGGCGAAUGGGGCCUUCCUCUCGAGGGCUAGCAGGUUCCUUCUGAACCUGUAGGGUCCCCGCACAGUCUGGCCACCAUGGCGCGUGGUUUCGCAGUGGGCUUCGACCCACUGGGCCUCAGAGACCUAAGCUCCGGCUCUCUGAGCUCCCUCUCCUCCCGAGGCCACCUGGGCAGCGAGUCGGGCUCAGCAACGCGAUACCUGCUGAGGAAGCAACAGCGGCUGCUGAAUGGGCCCCCCCGCGGAAUCCGAGCCUCAUCGCCCAUGGGCCGCGUCAUCCUCAUCAACUCCCCCAUUGAAGCGAACAGCGAUGAAAGUGACAUCAUCCAUGCAGUCCGAGUGGAGAAGAGUCCAGCUGGGAGACUGGGUUUCAGUGUUCGGGGUGGCUCUGAGCAUGGCCUGGGCAUCUUUGUCAGCAAAGUGGAGGAGGGGAGCAGUGCAGAGCGUGCUGGCCUGUGCGUGGGGGACAAGAUCACGGAGGUGAAUGGGCUGAGCCUGGAGAGCACCACGAUGGGCAGUGCCGUGAAGGUGCUGACAGGCAGCAGCCGCCUGCACAUGAUGGUGAGGCGCAUGGGCCGCGUGCCGGGCAUCAAGUUCUCCAAAGAGAAGACUACAUGGGUGGAUGUGGUCAAUCGGCGGCUGGUGGUGGAAAAGUGCAGCUCGACACCGUCCGACAGCAGCUCAGAGGACGGCGCACGGCGCAUCGUCCACCUCUACACGACCUCUGAUGACUUCUGCCUGGGCUUCAACAUCCGAGGCGGCAAGGAGUUUGGUCUGGGCAUCUACGUGUCCAAAGUGGACCACGGUGGCCUGGCAGAGGAGAAUGGCAUCAAGGUAGGGGACCAGGUCCUGGCGGCCAACGGUGUCAGGUUCGACGACAUCAGCCACAGCCAGGCGGUGGAGGUGCUGAAGGGCCAAACACACAUCAUGUUGACCAUCAAGGAGACUGGCCGGUACCCUGCCUACAAGGAGAUGGUUUCUGAGUACUGUUGGCUGGACCGACUGAGCAACGGGGUGCUGCAGCAGCUGUCGCCUACCUCGGAGAGCAGCUCCAGCGUCUCCUCCUUCGCCUCCAGUGCCCCCUACAGCUCGGUCGAGGGCUCGGGCUCCCUGCCCUCUGAAUGCAUGGAUGUCUGCCUGGGGCCUGAGGAGCUGGGCAGCCGGGACCCGGGCUGGGGGCGGGCGGACACAGCCAUGCAGACAGAGCCCGACGUGGGGGGCCGUGUGGAGACCUGGUGCAGCGUGCGGCCCACAGUCAUCCUCAGGGAUACAGCCAUCCGCUCUGAUGGCCCCCCACCCACACGCCGCCUUGACUCUGCGCUCUCUGAGUCCCCCAAGACUGCCCUACUGCUGGCCCUCAGCCGACCUCGGCCUCCCAUCACACGCUCCCAGAGCCACCUGACUUUGUGGGAGGAGAAGAAGCAGCGGAGGAAGGAGAAGUCGGGGUUCCCUGGGGAGAAGGGGGCCCUGCAGCGCUCCAAGACCCUGAUGAACCUCUUCUUCAAGGGAGGGCGGCAGGGGCGGCUGGCAGGGGAUGGGCACAGAGAGGUCUGGACGCUGGACAGCAGGAGCCCAGCCAAGCCCCGCCCCCGCCUGGACCUGGAGAAAGCAGGUGGAGUGGGGCCCGUGCAGAAGUUUGUCACCUGGAGACUGAGACGGGACCAGGAGAGGGGCCGGGCCCUGCUCUCUGCCAGGUCCGGAAGCCCCUCAAGCCAGCUGCCCAGUGUGGAUGAGCGGGUGCAGGCCUGGGAGAGCCGACGGCCUCUGAUUCAGGACCUGGCCCGGCGGCUGCUGACUGACGACGAGGUGCUGGCUGUCACUCGCCACUGCUCCCGGUACGUGCAUGAAGGUGGAGUGGAGGACCUGGUGAGGCCCCUGCUGGCCAUUCUGGACAAGCCCGCGAAGCUCCUGCUGCUGAGGGACAUCAGGAGUGUGGUGGCCCCCACGGACUUGGGCCGCUUUGACAGCAUGGUGAUGCCUGUGGAGCUGGAGGCUUUUGAGGCCCUCAAGAGCCGGGCAGUACGGCCUCCUGCCUUGCGACCGGCCCGGCAGGACACACCGCCCAAGCGUCACCUCAUCACCCCUGUGCCUGACAGUCGUGGAGGUUUCUACCUGCUUCCUGUGAACGGCUUCUCAGAGGAGGAAGGUGAUGGGGAGUUGAGGGAGCAGCUUGGAGGCCUCCAGGUCUCCCUGGCUGGCUCUGCCCCCUGCCACCCUCAUAAAGGGAUCCCCCCUCUCCAAGAUGUGCCAGUAGAUGCCUUCGUCCCAUGCCGAAGCACCUGCACACCCCCACCACAACCACCCCCUGUUGCUCCCCGGCCCCCAAGGCCUAACUGGCUGCUGACGGAACCCCUGACCCCAGAGGACCCUCAGCAAAGCCGGAGCCGUGGCCCAGCCCAGAGCCACAGCCGCAGCCGCAGCCGGGGCAGAGGCAAGUCCCCUGGACGCAGGCGGUCCCCAUCCCCGGCCCCUGUCCCCACUUCCGGCAUGGCCAACGGUCGCUACCACAAGCCACGGAAGGCCAGGCCCCCUCUGCCACGACCUGUGGAUGGGCAGGCAGCCGAGGCUGGGGGCAGUCAAGGGCCCUCUGAGAAUGGACAUGGGGGGACAGCUGAAGAGGCAGCCACGAAGAUCCCUGGUGGGGAGCUGAGAACCGUCAUGGUGUCCAAGCUGAAACAGUCCUUGGGCAUCAGCAUUUCCGGGGGCAUCGAGUCCAAGGUGCAGCCCAUGGUGAAGAUAGAAAAGAUCUUCCCCGGGGGCGCCGCCUCCCUCAGUGGGGCCCUUCAGGCUGGCUUUGAGCUUGUAGCUGUGGAUGGAGAGAGCCUGGAGCAGGUGACCCACCAGCGGGCAGUAGAUACCAUCCGCCGGGCUUAUCGGAACAAGGCUCGGGAGCCCAUGGAGCUCGUGGUCAGGGUCCCCAGGCCCGACCCACUACCCUUAUUCGCAGACUCAUCAGCCCUCAUUGAUCAGGGGCCUCCCGCUGACCAUUCCCCUGCCCACUGACCCCCCCCCUCCACCUCAUGGUAUUCCAGGACCUCCCAUUAAUGCCCUUCCCACCCAUACCCAGACCCCUCCCACUGAUGCCAGGCUUCUCCAGCUGACCCUCAGCCCAGUCCCCUCUCCAGGCCUCCAGCCUCCGGAUACUAGUUCCAGACUCUCCCCAGCUAUCCUAGAACUCUUCCUACUGACUCCAGAGAAUCCUGCCAUCCCUCCACCUCACCUACCAUUCUCAAGAUUCAGGAACCUUCCACCCCCGCUUGCCUUGUCUACUCCCGAAGCUUCACAGUGGUGGUUCAGAUUCCCCCACUUUCUCCCUCCCCAGUUGUCACUAAAGCUCUACCCAUUCCAGAUAAACUUGGUGUCAAGGACAAGGUGCUACUGGCAGCCUGUGUCACUCACUCUCAUUCCCCCAACCUUCCAAGACAGGAAGUGGGUGGAGAAUCCCAAGGUCUGGAGCUUGGGAUUGGUGUGCACUUUCUCGUGAUCUCCCCCAAAAGUGAGGGACACAGACGCUCAGCUAGGGCCCUCAAAGGGUCCCUGCACCCAGCCCCCAGUAAUGUUCUGUGCAAGGGACAAGAUAGGAGGCUUUCCUAGUUUCUCAAACCCUGAGGGACCAUUUCAUGUUGUGGUCCACGAGAAUCUCACACUUUCCGCUGGAUCUGUCCUCUUCCAUCGCCCUUUCUCCCUCAAGUCCUCUGAGGGGUAGGAGAAGAGCCUGCAAAUAAAGAGGGUGUGGGGGCCAAACAAGUUCCCAUAAUCUUUAUCCAGCACACUCAUCAUUUUUUAAAAACAAAAAAAAUUUUUUUUAAUUUUUUCUUUGGGUUUGUACAAGAAAUUUACAAUGUGAAAAAUAUACAAGUGAAAAUGACGCCAUAAACCUGGGUGUGGGGCCACUUGGUCACAAACACAAAUAAACAAGACAUUUGUGA